AUGAGGCUAACAUCUCAUGCAGGACUCAUCAUUACUGUGUCUGUGCUUGUAGCAGCCGGCAUCGCUGUCUACGAGUCGCCGCAGUUUAAACAAUGGGUGACCACCUCGCGGCGCAAGAUCGCCUUGGCUCUGCACAACCUCGGCGAUGAGAUCCAACCUCAAGACAUAGCAUUGAGGGAAGACAUUUCUAUGACUGAGGAGACUGGUGAAAUUGCCGAAGAACGCAGGCGGAUUGCUCGUGCGGAGAUUAUGCGACGAGGAACGAUCCUUGAAUCACGACGGAAGGCCAGCCAGGCUGGCCAGCCUCAUAGUAGCUUUGAUACUCUGGUCGACAACGAGGGCAACCUGCUUAAACAAAAAGACGACGAAUACGUUGUUCAGUCCAACGAAGAAUUUACUGCUAACUCAACGGGAGUUGACCUGGGCACUUCGGAGCCCCUCCGCCGAGGUGGCAAGCAAAUCAAGGCCGACUCUUCGACUACACUGAGUCGGAAUCAGCUGCAUGUUGACAUCCCCUCGUCCGCUCCCUCGAAUCAUCCUUCGGAAUCUAUGAUUCAGUUCACGCCCGGGUCUGAAGCACCCGACGGGGAUAGCCUCUUUGAUCCAUUCUCUCCUAACUCUCCCUUGUCUGCCUCUGGGUCCAGCCACACAGAAGACCACCAGCAGGUAUAUUAUGCGCACCCUGAUGCACCAAGCAACAGAACCUAUGGACGCGAUCACCUUGCUGAGCUAGAUGGGUUCGGCCACGAGAGUGUUCAGUCUCACAAUGAUAUUUCGGCCGCUCCUUCUACCAGUGGGAGUUUUAGCCAUGUCGGAGGAUUCGAGGAUGGGACGUCAGACGGCACUCUUAGUGACCUUGAUGGGCGAUCCGUCGGUGGUGUGGCUACUCCGGCAUGGUCUGAUGUGGGUAGCGUAAUUAGCAAUGAGGAUGCUGGACAUCGUCAGUUGCUCUGA